ACCACCACGACAACAUGAAAAUUAUUAUCCUUCAUCUGACCUGCCUCCUUUGGACAAACAACCACAUCAGGCUUUAUCAGCAUAUGGUAGAGAGGCUCCAAUGGGUGUCCAUUCUUCAUCUAAUGUGCCGCAGCAAGCACCAGUCAUUACACAGGUCACACAACACAUGCAAAUUCCACUAUCCUAUGCUGAUGCAGUGAUUGGGACAGCUGGUGCAAGUAUAAGCUAUAUACGACGUGCCAGUGGGGCAACCAUUACAAUACAGGAAACAAGGGGUGUGCCUGGGGAAAUGACCGUAGAGAUUAAUGGAUCUGCUUCUCAAGUACAGGCAGCACAACAGUUGAUACAGAAUUUCAUGGCUGAAGCUGCAGGUCCUACACAGAACUCCAGUUGGCGGCACAACUGACCAAGGUUAUAAUUCAUAUCCACCCCAUGGUUCCAUGUAUGCAUCUCCCCCAUCCAAUAAUACAGGGCCUGCAGGGCAGACUGCUGCAGGUUAUGGUUCAGUCUAUGGCACCAACUAUGGGUAUUAGGCUGGGCAAGACGUAAUCCUUCGAUCAUCGGUGAGAAAGAUAAAGCUUAGCCAGACUCACCUGGUAAAGUUGUAGGGAGGCAGUUGUACUUCUGUACUGAAAUGUUGCGCUUUGGCUGUCUGCUUUACAAUUAGUUAGAGGUUAAUAUUGGUAGGUUUCAUUUGUACAAUAGGCAAACCUUUUGGGGGGGUGGGGGGGUGAGCCCAUCUCGGCUUUCAAGAUUUUUGUUUCUUCAUUAACUUUGUAGCUGCUCUUCCCCUUCCGGUUAUUGAGACCCUGAUUCUUGUGUAGUGAUCCCUUGGGUGGUGGUGCUAUGCUAUGCCUGCAUUUUAUUUUGUUUUCCCGUGCUUUGGAAUGAUUUGUGACGUACCUGAAAUUAGUGAACUUUGAUCCUUACUUAAAAUGCCGUUUUUAAGAGCAAUUUUAGUGAAAAUAUUCCUCCUGUAACUUUC